AUGGAGGUCAUGACGCGUCCCGCCUCGCCGACGCCGCACCGGGACCUCCGGCCCGACAGCGCGGCCGCGAGCCCGUACGCCACGGCGCCGUCCAGCCCGCGCGGCCGCCUCGCGGAGCCCGCGACGCCGUUCGGCUCCGUCGAGGGAGCGGCCGCGGCGAAGGGCAGCCCGUUCCUGACGGCGCCGUCGUCGCCGAACCCGUUCGACCUCCUGCCGCCGGUCACGCCGCGCCUCGCCGGCGCCAACCCCUUCGACCUCUUCCAGCACUUCACCAGCGCGCCCGCCAGCCCCCGGCGCGCCGCGGCCAUCUACGCGCACUUCGCCGAGGGGGACCACGGCAGCCGCGACGGCGGUGAGGAGGAGGAGGAGGACGACGACGACGACGACGAGGGGUUCCAUCCGCGCUCGUCGUACUCCACCACCGCCUCGGCCGUGCCGUUCGACUGGGAGGAGAGGCCCGGGACGCCCAAGGCCGGGAUGGGCGGCGGGGCGGCGGCGUGGGACACGGACUUCGAGUUCGGCACCGUCGUCGACAAGACCGCGCCGGCGGAGAGCCUGACGACCGCGGACGAGCUCUUCGAGAAGGGUAAAAUCCGGCCGCUGAAGCCUCUGCUUAAGACCUCCGGCACGGACUUCGACCCCUUCGCAGCCGCGCUGCUGGUGGCGACCAAGGCCCCCUCGCCCUCCCCGCUCGGCGGCAAGAACACCACCGCCGUCGCGUCAGGCUCGCCGCCCAAGAAAGCCGACCCGUUCGCCGCGCGUCCAGCCUCCAGGAGCGCCGGGUGGAGGAGGUGGCGGCUCAGCGACCUCCUCCUGUUCCGGAGCUCGUCGGAAGGCGGCCGGAUCAACAAGGAGCCGCUCCCCAAGUGCCCGCCGGCGCAGCAGCCCGACGCGCCCCUCAAGAAGGCAAACGCACCACCGCCGCCGACGACGGCCAAGUUCAACGCGAGGGCCGUCAGCAUGGACAAGCUCAAGAAGCAGGGCGGCGACAAGAGCGGCGCGGCGGCGGCGGCGGAGGGCAUCGUCGGGUGCGCGCGGCUGAGCCCGCUGCAGCGGUUCGCCAGAGGGCUUGGCGGGCACUCGUGGCACCACGGCCGCGGCGGCAUGGCGGCGCAGGGGACCAAAGGGUAG